GGCAUCGCCCCGGGGGAAAGGUUGCGGCUCGGUCGCAGGGCGCGGGAGGAGCCUGGCAGUGAUUGAUGGGGAAGGGACGCCUGAAUAAAAGUUCUUGUCUAGGGACAGGCAGAGACCGUGAGCCAGCCGCGGUGGAGGCUACUCCGUCUGGAAUUCUCCCAGCGUUUCGUCAGCGCCAGACCCGCCUGCAGCUGAAGGGAGGCGUGCUCUGCCUCCUGAGCAGGCUGAAAGCCAGCUGCCAGCCGGGCGCCCCGGGAACCAAGGCUCCCCGAGCUCAGCGCGCUGCCGCGCUCUGCUUCCGAUCCGCCAGAUUUCCCAGGCGCCGAAAGCUGCAGAGCGGCCACCCAGAACCCGCCGGAGCAGGCAGCAGCAUGCGACCUCGGCCGUGCCUGUGCCCACGCGCCGCCGUGGUGGCGCUAAUCCUGGUGUGCGGCGUGGCAGCGGGCCAAGGGGCAGCAAGGGGUUUCCCGCCGGCUGCGACCGCUUCGCCACCUCUGGGAAACGGAGAGAUGAUGACACUCCCCACUAAGACCUGGGGCUCCAAUGCCAGCCUGUCGGGAUCCUCCACACCUCCCAAGGUGCCUCUAGGAGGGAGGUUUGGGGGAGCCCCACCGCGCAGGCACUCUCCUCCCCCCUGCGAAGGAACCAUCGAGAUCAAGGAGACUUUCAAGUACAUCAACACCGUGGUGUCCUGCCUCGUGUUCGUGCUGGGCAUCAUCGGAAACUCCACGCUGCUGCGAAUCAUUUACAAGAACAAGUGUAUGCGCAACGGCCCGAACAUCCUGAUCGCCAGCCUGGCUCUGGGAGACUUGCUGCACAUCAUCAUCGACAUCCCCAUCAACGUCUACAAGCUCCUGGCAGAGGACUGGCCCUUUGGAGUGGAGAUGUGUAAGCUGGUACCUUUCAUCCAGAAGGCUUCUGUGGGAAUCACGGUGCUGAGUCUGUGUGCUCUGAGUAUUGACAGAUACCGAGCUGUGGCUUCUUGGAGUCGAAUUAAAGGAAUUGGUGUUCCGAAGUGGACAGCAGUAGAAAUUGUGUUAAUUUGGCUGGUCUCAGUGGUUUUGGCUGUACCAGAGGCUAUGGGUUUUGAUCUAAUUACCAUUGACUACAAAGGAAGUUCUCUGCGAAUCUGCUUGCUUCAUCCUACCCAGAAAACAGCCUUCAUGCAGUUUUACAAGAUGGCUAAAGAUUGGUGGCUAUUUAGCUUCUAUUUUUGCUUGCCAUUGGCCAUCACUGCAUUUUUCUACACCCUGAUGACGUGUGAAAUGUUGAGAAAGAAAAGCGGCAUGCAAAUUGCUUUAAAUGACCAUCUAAAGCAGAGACGGGAAGUGGCCAAAACGGUCUUUUGCCUGGUCCUUGUCUUUGCAUUGUGCUGGCUUCCGCUCCACCUCAGCAGAAUUUUGAAGCUUACGCUUUAUGACCAGAAUGAUCCGAAUCGAUGUGAACUUUUGAGCUUUUUGUUGGUACUGGACUACAUCGGCAUCAACAUGGCUUCCCUGAAUUCCUGCAUUAAUCCAAUUGCUUUGUAUUUGGUGAGCAAAAGAUUCAAAAACUGCUUUAAGUCAUGCUUAUGCUGCUGGUGCCAGUCAUUUGAAGAAAAACAGUCCAUGGAGGAAAAGCAGUCAUGCCUAAAGUUCAAAGCUAAUGAUCACGGAUAUGACAACUUCCGUUCCAGUAAUAAAUACAGCUCAUCCUGAAGAAAGAAUAUUCACUUAAUUCCAUAGUCUUUAUUUUGGACAGAAGUCAUUAAAACAAUGAAGCAUUUGCCAAAACAAAACAAAGCAGCUGUGUGUUUGCACAAUGUAAAAAUGUAUGAGUGAUUGUUUUCUUAGCACUCAUGGUUACACAUGACAUUUUACCGGCUGGGUCCAGCAAGAGAAGCAAAGCAGGGAGAAUUGAGACAGCUUCAUUGUGAAAGCACUUAAUAUUUUACAGAGAGCACUUUCAUGGGGCUCUUAAUAACUUCCAGUAUAUUUACACACGACUCAAGUUUAAAAUGAGAUUACUUAGAAUUCCUGUUAAAGGUUUUCUUUUUAGUUAAUGUGAAUCCUAGACAAAGGAAAUAAUGUGUAAUUGUAAAAUAAUUUUAAAUGAAAUUUAUAUUUCUCAAUUUGAAAAUUUUUAAAUCUCUUAAAAUAACUUUUAUUCAUAGUGUCAUACCUGUGGUUGAACCAAACUUAGAUAUAAAAUGUGAAAACAGUAUAGCUGAUAUUUUAGAGACAUCAGAAAACAUUCAGAUAGUCCAAAGGGGUGAGUCAGAAAGAGAGAUUAAGGUGGUUGGGUUUUUUUUUUAAUCAUUAAACGUAUUAUUUCAUAUGUAACAUAAGGUCACCAAGGGGGAGAGAAGGUUUGGAAUGCCAUCUCACCAGAGUGCUUUGAAAUCUCCCACAUCUAUAUUCUACAAAGAAAAUACUACCUAUAAUGUUUUUAGGAUUAUAAAACCUGUCUUCUUGUUUCACUAUUGUCAUUGAAAUGCUCUUUGUUUAGUUCUGUCCUCUGUAAAUACUCAGCUACAAGACACUAUUCCAUGUAGAUGAUUAAACAACGGGCAGGUCCCUGUGUUUAUACCAUUUUGGAGGAGAGAUGCCAGUUACCCCAUCCUGGACAGAAUGUGAGUUGCCUGGAGCAGUUGUCCACAUGAUAGACAAGGCAUCACCUCCCCCCCACGCUGCAGUGAAAAUGCCUCUGGCACUUGUACCAUAGGAUAGUUACAAUAGCCUUAUUUUAAAAGAUCACACAGAGUAGCCCAUUUACCCACAACCUGUAUUACUAACUUUGAUCUCAGUUUUGUAAAUAGCUAAUGGAAAAGACUUCUUGCAUUGGUGCUUUUCUAUCAAAGGCCAAAUUGCUCUUUGAGAGGGUAAAAAAAUCCUCUUGCCUUAUGCAUUCCUACCUAAUUCUUUUAAUGCCCUUCACGAAGUGCUUUAGGUUAGUUCAGGAUGAGAUGUGUGUGAAAGUGUGUACCAGAGAAAACAGAAGGGAGAGGAAAUGAGAUGAGGGUGGGAGCAAGGGGACAGAUUCCCAUUCUUAGCCAGACAUUCAUCAUUGGCCUGUCACAUCAAUGUAAAAGGUCCUGAUUCUGUUCCAGCAAAACACAGUGCAAUGUUCUCAGAGUGAGUUCAGGAACAAAUUGGGCUCAAGAACUUUAACUCUGUCUUAAAAUAUAACAGAGUUCCGACGGAUUUGUUUUUUCCUUUUAGUAACUUGGGGACAUGUAUUGGAAAUACACAGCGAUGUUGCUUUCAGCCAGCAUCAAAUGUGAUGAUACUGUAAACCAGAAUCCAACAAUGCAGCCAAAAACAAAGGACAAUAAUUAAUUAAUAUGCCAGAUGGAUUCUAUUUACACAUCACUAGGUCUUGUUUAUUAAUUUCUUUCCAAUCACUAUUUCAGAUGUCUGUCCUCACAAAAGGCUUCAAACUUUGGAUUCCAAAUUACUUUGGGUUACUAAUAUUUUCAGUUAGUUCAUAUAUUUUAAGUUCUAUUUUAAGUGUGAACUCAUUUUUAUUACCAUGCACUAAACUUUGUUUUUUGCCUCCUUUUUCCAUCUUAAUAGUCUUUCAUUUUCCACAUCAGUAUCAUGAUCUGCAUUCAUUUACCCAAAGUAUUAUAUGCUCAAAACAAAUCUGUCUCUGCAUUAUAAUUAAGUUGCAUUCUAUAGCUGUUCUAAAGAGGUUUGAUCAAAAAUUUAACAUACUGAUAACAUUUGAUGAGUAACACACAUGAUUUCUUGGCGUGAAUAAGGAUCAGGCAGGACAAAAAAGAGGUGCUACUGUUUAUUUUCAAACAUGGUUCCUAACAUCAAAACUUUAAUAUAGCAAUAGACAAAAGUCAUGCUAAUAGAGAUGUUUAAGCACAUAAAUUAUAUAAGCAAUUUUAACCUAUUUUCACCUUUCCAUUGCUGACAUGGGUAUCUGUUCAAGCACCAGUUAGUAUUAACAUCUUACAUAUAGCCAAAGAAAUACAUUUUAUAACAAAACAUGGGUAUGCUGUAGCUAACUUUAUAAAAUGUAAUAUAACCAUGUAAAAUAAUGUUAUAUUUUGUUUGUCUGUGGUCACUUAAAGUGGCAGCUACUAUAGUUGUUGAAUAUUCAUGUCAAUAAAAUCGAGAAAAGUGUAAAUUAAGAGGACCUGCUUAUUUUUCACAAUACAUGCACAAGUGAUUAGAUACUACUUGUUUAAAGGAAAUACAAGUGUUGCAGGUGGACAUUAUUUAUGUAAAACCUAAUUAUCAAAGAAAUAUGAAAGACAUUAAAUUAAAAUUCCAAGUUGCUUUUGU